CGCCAAAUUUGAAAAAAAACAUAAGUAAUUUGUAUACCUUGGAGACCUACAUCUAUGGAGGCUGAAAAAGAGGAGGAGGAAGAGGAGGAAGAGGAGGAGGAAGAGGAGGAAGAGGAGGAAGAGGAAGAGGAAGAAGAGCAAGACGAGGAGAGGAGGGAGGAGAAGAUGUAUGAGGAGGGAGGAAUCGAAGGAGAUGUAGGAGGAGGAGGAGGAAGAGGGAGGAGGAGGGAGGAGGAGGGAGGAGGAGAAAGAGGAGGGAGGAGGGAGGAGGAGAAAGAGGAGGGAGGAAUAGAAGGAGAUGUAGGAGGAGGAGGAAGAGGGAGGAGGAGGGAGGUGGAGAAAGAGGAGGAGGGAGGAGGGAAAGAGGAGCAGGGGGAAGGGGAAGAGGAUGAAGAGGAUUAAGAGGAAGAGGUGCACGAAGAAGAGGAGGACAUGGAAGAAGAGAUGUAGGAACAAGAGGAGGAAGAGAGGGGAAGAGGAGGAAAACGAGCAAAACGAGGAAGAGUGCCUGCAACCGAAUUCGCGAAGUUAUCAAUCACACCUGGCCUCUCGGCCAGCCACAUUGCGGACUGGCUUACGGGUUCUGAGCUUCAAGAUUCCCUGGUCAGUGAGGAAAUUCAGAACAAACUUCACCCUUUUGA